GACAGAUGAACAGCUUCCAAUAAAAUUCAGGGCCCCAAAAGUUCAUUUCUUUACCCUCCAUUUCAGCUCUUGAAUUAUUUAAAAUAAACAUGCACUGUUGUAGUUAAGCUUUAAAAUGGUCCCUCAAAACAGGUUAGUUAAGGUACAGUCAUUUAUGAAAAAUAGAGUUGUGGAGAUGAUUUUCUCCACCUCAAAUGUCUGUGCAAAACUGUAGCUUGGGUACACAGCAGUUGUUGGUUCUCUCGGUUCACUCAGACCAAGGCCAAUAGUUUACCUCCUUAUCGACGCUUCUUCACAUUAAAUAAGGAAAAAAUGAUAUUCAUGCAAGAACAGAUAAAGUCGUGUAAGUUACAGAAAAUGCUGACUUGCUUUCAUUUGUAUGGGUUUAAAUCACAACAAAACCCCCUACACAUUUAUUUUCCAGAAGAAACCUCCUGCCCCUGCCUCUGGCAGUUUUCUCCCAUUCCUCAACCAACCAGUUACUUUAAUGAGAGAAAAAAAUUUGUCCCCAGCCUGUGCCUUCACCUUUAGCGCAGAAGAAACACCGACUUUUAAUGCAGUUUUUCAAAUAAAUCAUUACAAUUUAAUCACAAACGACUCUGACGCUAUACAGACACACUCCCUUGAUUUAUUAUUGUUGGGCCAGUUUCCUCCUCUCCCAGCAUGAGAUAAUCGAUUUUGCUACGUGUGGGUGUCUUAAACAUAACUUCCUAUGAUGCGGAUUUGUUUACUUAUUAUCUGUGGCGAUAACGACGAUUACUAAGGCAAUAAAACUUUUCAGUCCCCACCUUAAUUGCUUUUUGGUAACAAGAAAAUCAAAUAAUCAAGCACGCAAAACCAACACCAAACAAAAAAUUGGCGGCGUGACAAUCUACUCCUUCGGCUCUCCUAACGCCUGGCAGCUUCCAUCGAUGCGCUCGAAAAUUCGGCUGACGCUGCCUGGCGGUGGAACCAGGAAGGCGGUGAGCUUAAACUGAAGCAAGUUCGGUGAACGCCGGCGGCGCCCAGAUUUGAAGAAACAUUUCUAGGUCUGCGGCGCUUGCAAGUCUACUGGAGGUAUAAGCCCGAAGGCCGGAAUCCAGAAAUGGGACGCCGGUCAUCAGAUACUGAAGAAGAAAGCAGAAGCAAGAGAAAAAAGAAACACCGUAGACGAUCUUCUUCCAGUAGUUCUUCAGAUAGUAGAACGUACAGCCGAAAGAAAGGUGGAAGGAGAUCAAGGUCAAAGUCAAGAUCUUGGUCCAGAGAUCUUCAGCCUCGCUCACAUUCUUAUGAUAGAAGACGCAGACAUCGAUCAAGCAGUAGCUCUUCUUAUGGCUCUAGAAGAAAACGAAGUCGAAGUCGUUCAAGGGGUCGAGGGAAAUCAUACAGAGUUCAGAGGUCUAGGUCAAAAAGCAGAACAAGAAGGUCCCGAUCAAGACCUCGGCCACGUUCCCACAGUCGAAGCAGUGAAAGGUCCAGUCACAGAAGAACACGUAGUCGGUCUCGGGAUAGAGAACGACGUAAAGGCCGAGAUAAGGAGAAAAGAGAAAAGGAAAAGGAGAAAGGCAAGGACAAGGAAUUACACAACAUCAAACGUGGGGAAUCUGGAAACAUCAAAGCUGGAUUAGAACAUCUGCCACCAGCUGAACAGGCCAAAGCAAGACUGCAAUUGGUUCUAGAAGCUGCUGACCAAACCACCCUGGUAGAACAAGUAAAAAGAGUCAAAGAAAUUGAAGCCAUUGAAAGUGAUUCUUUUGUUCAGCAAACAUUCAGAUCAAGUAAAGAAAUCAAAAAGGUAAGUUUUCAUCCAGGCGUUAUGAAUAAGCCUUUACAUUCAUAUCCGCCGAGUAAUGAGAAGGAAAUAGACCCAGGCAGCAUCCCUACUGCCAUCAAGUACCAAGAUGACAAUUCUCUGGCUCAUCCAAAUUUAUUUAUUGAGAAAGCUGAUGCUGAGGAAAAAUGGUUCAAGAGAUUAAUCGCUCUCCGACAAGAAAGGCUAAUGGGCAGUCCUGUGGCCUAAAGUAAUAUUCAUGUGGUUGAAUUAACAGUAACAUUGGAAAUUUAGGUUUUUAAGUCCUAGUAUUAACUUUUUACUCUUAAAAAUAAUUUAGCUGAUUAUAUAAAAAGGGUAAUCUCGUUUCAUUCUUUUCUCUUGUAGGCUCUACUAGUUGUUGAUUUGAACUUAAUCAAACAUUGUGAAUAUUGAAACUAGUAUGAAGUUUAAGAAUGCAUGAAAAUGUCAUACUGUUAAUAAAGCUAAUCCUAGAAGUAUUAGUAUUAAAAUAAAUGGUACACAAUUGUGUUUCUGAGUACAAUUUGAAAAAUAUCAGGUUACUGUUUAAAGACACAAUUUUGAUUAGUCAUGAAUAAAAAGAAUCAAACUAUAUGCUGUAAGUAUGAGAUUUCAUCUUCCAUGUAUUUAAAAACCAUUUGGAAUGUGUUAUUUCACCUUACUGCAAAAUUUUAAGCACAAUAACAAGCACUGUAAACAAUCUAAGCAGAAUGAGCCAUGCUAAUCUUAGAGGAAUAAUACAUUUGGUGAAAAAUCUACUUGAAAAUUAAAUAAAUUGAUGGUUUAUUUGCUUUGA